AUGGAAGUUAUCUUCACAUCAAUGUUUCUGAUUUAUAUGGUUCAGACCUGCCAGUCUGCAAACCAACAACGGUUCAUCAACACCUUCUACUUGGCUGAGAACCGAGCCUUACUGAGUCAUGUGUUCCAGUUGAAGACUGUGUCUUCUCCUGUGAUCUGUGGGCGAGACUGCUCUAUGGAUCCACAGUGUGUAUCAUUUAACUACAGAACAGAUAACCAUGUUUGCGAGUUCAACAACGGUACACGAGCAAACAGCCCCGACGACUUGAUCGAGUCGCAAGGAAGUGUCUACUAUGAUGAAGAAGUGGACACUCGUUCAUUUGCCGUUCCAAAUAAAGUGAACAAAUAUACCGGUUGCUUGAAAUAUUAUCUGGACGGUUACCUUGACAAUGGAAUAUACACAAUCUAUCCUACAAGUCUGACUGAUUGGUUACAUGUGUACUGUGAUAUGGAGACAGAUGGAGGAGGCUGGAUCGUGUUCCAGAGGAGACAAGAAGGCUCUGUCAAAUUUAACCGUACCUGGAGUGACUACAAAUCUGGGUUUGGUGAUAUGCAGAAUGAGUUCUGGUUGGGGAAUGACAUCCUGCGUGAGCUUACUGGAUCUGGACAAUGGCAGCUCAGAAUAGAUAUGGAAGAUUGGCAGUCCAACACAUCGUGGGCUUCGUACGGUGAGUUUGCUGUUACAGGGGAUAACUUUACCCUCCAUGUUGGUUCAUAUGAUGCUCAGAGUACUGCGGGUGAUUCAAUGCCACACCAUAACGGACAUCCUUUCAGUACUAUAGACAAGGACAACGAUGGAUGGGCUGAUAGACAUUGUGCUGAUAAGUAUUUUGGUGGAUGGUGGUACAACAGAUGCCAUACUUCUAAUCUAAAUGGUGAGUACUACCAACAGGCAGAUGUGCCGUUUGGUCAGGGAUUACAAUGGAGAUCAUGGAAAGGUCUCGUUUACUCGGUCAAGAAAAGCAGCAUGAAACUGCGGCAAGUAACAUAA